ACAUUCUACCUCACCUGUCAAAAGUAACAUUCGCGAGGAUUCUUUUGUAGUGCUUUCAGUGUUUUGGUUUUACGUUUAUUACAUCAAAAAUAAUGGAAAUUACAUACCUGAUUAAACACAAAGUGAAUUAAGUUUAGUGACAAACAUGAAGUACUUAUUUGUGAUAUUAUUCUUGUUUGGCUCGCAGAGCCUAGGUUCUUUAGUGGACAGUAGUAGUGGAAAGGAAAGUACGGAAUUGUCGCGGGCAUUUGAUGACCGGCCUCUGUUGUUUGCCACGUUAGGAGGCGGCAUGGUCGCUGUCGAGCCUCUGGCUGGCAAUAUUAUAUGGAAACUGAAAGAUGAACCGGUAGUAAAAGUCCCGAACCAGCAGGCAGACCUGAUGCCCCAGUUUUUACCAGACCCUCGACACGGGUUCCUCUACAUGUAUGGGCCUAGAGGAGACCAGCAAAUGCUGAAGAAGUUACCCUUUACGAUACCGGAGUUGGUAGCAAACGCGCCUUGUCGGUCGACGGAUGGUAUUCUUUAUACUGGGAAGAAGAGUGAUACGUGGUUCAUGCUUGACCCUCUGACUGGGUCUAGGGAACAUGUUUCAGGCUUCGACAAAUCGAAGAUUUUCAAGAACUCCGACGACAAUACUUGUUCACCGGACAAGAAGAGAGGAAUCUACGUAGCGAGAACUGAGUACAAUAUACUGAUGCAUGAUUCUAAGAAUCAGAAUCACAAGUGGAAUGUGACGUUCUUUGAUUAUACGUCGCUGGCUAUGGGGAAAGAGAUGCUGAAUGAUUAUGGCAUUAUCCACUUCACAUCGACAUCAAACGGUCGUGUGAUGUCUUUCGACCGUAAGACCGGUGACUUAGUAUGGUCCCAUAACUUCGAGACUCCAGUUGUGGCUGCAUACUUACUGGACAGGGAUGGACUUAUAACUGUGCCUUUCAAUUCCAUUGGUGAUGACACACUGGACCAUAUCAUGGAGGACGCGACGACCCUGAGCAAUGGACAGGGCAUCAAGAAUUCGAAUAUUGAAUUGUACCCCACAUUAUACGUCGGCGAACACAACCACGGCCUGUAUGCGUUAUCAUCGCUUGUAGACAAAAAUACGAUCACGAUAUCGACCGGGCACGCGCAGCCGUUACUUCUAGAAGGCCCCACAGAGACCGAGGACAAAUCGGACACGCCCCAAUACGAACCCUUCAAGAACGUACACUACAAACUCAAAGAUUUAAACCUUCAUGUAUCAGCACCCUAUCUCCUACUAGGACAUUACAAAGUCCCCGAACUAACCACGACAUGGAUGCCUCAACUGCCCAACACAAACUUCUUAAACGUACACAACUCACAGAACAGUGCUAUCAAACUUAUAAAUGGACAGGUGCACUCUGAAGGCGAAAAUGAUGUCGAAAACGAAACCAAUCUGAAGUCGAAUUCGAACUCCAAUCCGAAUUCGAUAUCAGUGUCAGUUCAGACAGAAGAACUAUUCGAAGGAUAUGACUUUAGACCAGACUUGUGGUACAAGCGAGCGUAUUUGUGGUUCCACCAGCAAGAGAAUCAAGUAUUAAAAGUGGCGCUAAUUAUCCUCGUGGGGUUGGUGAUCAGCAUGUUCUGGUAUCUUCGUUAUCAGGCACGUGAAUUCCAGCAACUUUCCCAAGGCGGUUCUAGAACCUCAAAUGCUUCCACAUCAUCUAACGGCGAGGUGACAGGUCAGCUCGUCGAGGUCGGCGGUGGAGAAGUUCGCAUUGGAAGGAUCACGUUCAAUACUGAUCAGGUGCUCGGAAAGGGCUGUGAAGGCACUUUUGUUUAUAGAGGCACAUUUGACAAGCGAGCCGUAGCAGUAAAGCGGUUACUACCGGAAUGCUUUACGUUCGCCGACCGCGAGGUGGCGCUGUUGCGCGAGUCGGACGCGCAUGCUCAUGUCGUACGAUACUAUUGUACGGAGAGGGAUAAGCAAUUUAGAUACAUAGCAUUAGAAUUAUGUUCAGCGACGUUGCAGGACUACGUUGAGAAGAAGCUGAACUUCGAGUGUGCGAUUGACGCCGUUGAAGUGUUGAGACAGUCAACGUUAGGACUCUCUCAUUUACAUUCCAUGGAUAUUGUCCACAGAGACAUAAAGCCCCACAACGUAUUACUAUCAAUGCCGACGGGUUCUGGCGAAGUUCGCGCCAUGAUAUCAGACUUCGGUCUGUCGAAGAAGCUGAACCUCGGGCGCAUGAGCUUCUCGCGCCGCUCCGGCAUCACCGGCACUGACGGGUGGAUCGCGCCGGAGAUGAUUAAUGGAGAGAGGACGACUACAUCAGUGGACAUAUUCUCAUUGGGCUGCGUGUUCUACUACGUGCUGUCGAAGGGACAACAUCCGUUCGGAGACAUGUUGCGGAGACAGGCCAAUAUACUCACUGGAGAUUACAAUCUGGAUCAUCUUGAUAAAGUGUUACCCGAAGAGGAAGUAGUACUAACAAAGAUAGUGAUUCGCGCGAUGAUCUCUGCCCGGCCUAACGCUCGGCCUCCCUGCGAGACAGUGCUCAAGUACCCCAUGUUCUGGGGCAAGCAGAGCAUACUCAACUUCUUGCAGGACGUAAGCGACCAAGUCGAAAGUGGUGGCGGUGGUUCAGAAGCAGCCUUAGAACGUGGAACUCGUAAAGUUCUGCGCGGCGACUGGCGAGCUCGCGUGUGCACGGCGGUAGCUAGUGACUUACGCGCGAGGCGGACGUAUAGAGGCGACCGCGCCGCGCAUCUGCUUAGAGCUAUACGGAAUAAGAAACAUCACUACAGAGAAUUAGAAACGGACGUACGAGAAAGUUUAGGCAAGUUACCUGACGGCUUCGUAACGUACUGGUUAAGGAGAUUCCCACUACUCUUGCCACAUGUCUGGCUACAAAUGCAAGCAUACAGACACGAGGACAUACUACAAGGUUACUACCCUCACUCAUUCACCUUCAGUAGAGAUGACGUCACAGAACUCGACGAAGAAGGAGAAAUAGACGACGAAAUACCACUCGAAAUGUGCAACCCCGAAAAGAACGGGCUUUUCGUCAAAAGUAGGGUCUACUUUGACGAAAAUCAAGAACAUUUAAGGCAUAGAAAGGAAGGUUCGCCGAGAAAACGGAACGAUUGGAGGAGCGAUGCGCAAGAGAGAACGAGACAGGAUGACGUCAGAUUACGAGACAGGCACCAUUAUAAGAAGAAGGAGAAGAAACGAGAAGAAAUACCAGUGUGGACAUUGCCCCCGCAGUGAAGUGUAGUUUUAAGUAAAAAGGUUUGUACUUGACCUGAAGUCAUAGAGAAUCAGGUAAGAUAGUUGUAGCCCUGUCUAUUUGUAUCGAACUCUAUACAGUCGAUUAACGAUAGCGGUUUCGUAGUUAGAACUAAUAUUGAAAAUUGAUAGGAAUUAGGCGAAUGAGUGAGUUUGUUUUAUGUCAUAAAGUGACCGAGUGAAUGUAAAAUGUGAUGUACGAAUACGAAUAGAUCACGUUGUUUUGUAAAGAAAAAUAACGUGUUAGUUCCCAGCUGUGGAAAUGUUAAAAGUAUUAAUUUAAAUAUUAAUGUUUUCUUUUUAUAUAAUUUUAUGAUAAGGAUAGUUAAUUAUCUAUUUUAUAGACCUACUUUGUUAUCUGUGAAUCGCAGAAAUUCAGUCUUGAUCGUUACUCUUUUAAGAUAAAUGUUGUUUUUCUGGUCAGGUUGUAAUGAUAAGGGACUAAUUUAAAUGCACAAAAUUAGCGUUUUUCUAAAUAUUAUUUAUUAAAAUAAAAUUAAUAUAUUAUUAUUGAAGUAAUAUAAAUAAUAUAGGACUUAUUACAAAAACGAAUUGAUAGUACUUUAUAAGAUCUCUAACGUUUUAGUUAUUUUUUAGUUAUGCGACCUUGUCUAAUUAGGUUUAUUUAUAGUAAAUAUUUAAUAGGACGAAUACCUACUAUCAUAGACAUAGAGUAUGGGACCAAAUGCAAGACUAGCAAAACCGUACUUUUGAAAUGCAUUUUUCUAACAUGCAGACUACACUUAGAAGACAAAAUACUAGUGUUAUAAUCUGCAAUAGUUUAAAAUGACGUAAUGGACAUAAAGACGUUUUUAUAGUAUAGCUAGAAAACUGUUUUAUUAAUAUUCAUCAACAAGAUUAUGUAAUUUAAAACUAUUUUUGGGUAGUUCAUUUUAUAUGGAUUAUUUAGAAAUCGGAUAUUAAUUAUGCGUUUAUGUACUUUCAUUCGUAUAGCCGCGAGCCGAUUGCAAAAAGACCCGUUAUGAAUUUAUUCACGACAAAAUCAGAGAACCGAAUGGAGAUUACAUUACUGUAUACUUUAUUAAAUUAGGACAUUUAAAAGCAUCACAUUUACGAGUAUAUAUUUAUAUAUGCUUCUAUUCGUCUAUUUGAAUAGCAUGGAUGUUUUCACAUGUAAAGUUAAAUAUAAAAAAUGUCUAAAAACAAGUGGAUAGAUGCGACGGGCCAAUAUGGGAAUUAAUAUGUUUGAUGAAUGUAAUUUUUUCAUAGAAAAAUAUAAUUGCUACAGGUUUACAAGAUACGGAUGUACGCGAGUAUGAUUGCGACAUACGAUUUAUUUAUAUAGAACAAAAAAUCUUUAUUUGACACACAAACGGCAAUUUUUUUUUUUAAUUUAUAGCAGAUUUAUCUAUCACAAAAUAGAAUAGAAUAUUCAAAUUCAGGAAAACGAGAUUCGUUUCUGGUGCUAUGAUUGUUAUGUAAAUAUCGAGUGUAAAUGUCGAUAUAGAGUGCAAAUACUUAGCUAGUUAGUGCUAGACGUAAAAACACAAAAGAGUUAGGAACUUUUUGAUACCGUGACUGGUUCAUUAUGCGGACUUCGACAAAUGUACGAGGCGUGUGUUAUCGCGAUCAAUCGUAAUUUUAUACUCGCUUGUUUGACAUUCAGUGUAAUUAUGCUUCGCCACGGCCGAUUGAGUUUUGUAAAUAAUACUGAUUUACUGCUGCGGACGAAGGCUGUGGCUAUUUAUGUCACGUAUAGUGCUUUCUAGAGUUGCUGGUUAAUGAGCAUCGAGAGCAACUAUGACUCAUGUUCAAUAUCAUUCCUGAUUAAUUGUUAAAUCCGGAACACCGUGCUAUAGGAGUGUUUGUUAUAGUUAUCGAUGCACUGGUACACUGGCUCAAGUAUGGUGGCUUUCACUUGCGCAGCUCGGGGAGGGAUCAUUUGAUGAUUUUCCACCAUAUAUAAAAACCCACACCACCUCUAUAUGGGCGGAACGAGAUAGAUACUAUAAUACUGACUCAUGAUACGUACUUGUGUUUGACUCAGCCAGUUCAGUUCAAACUGGGUGACAUCCUACUUUGUCGUUAAUGGAUCGUUGUCUUUCAGUAAUAAGCGCAUCUUAGAACACGGUUAAACUGUUACGUAACAUGAAACUAUUAAUUUACGAGUUGUUCUUAGCAAAUAUGCAUGUGGUAGAACCAGUUUAGCUAAUAUCAAGGCCUGUGUCUACCACGAGUUUUUUUGUAAAGCGAUCGGUAGGUUUCUAUUCCGUGACUAAUUUCCGCAUACAAUAUUCUUUCAAAUAGGGUGAUGAGAGGCUUAAUCUUCUCGAAAUAUACUCCUACACAUGGCUUAUUAGAAGUUUAGUUACAAAUUGUUAUGCAAGUUGUCAAGUAAAGGUCAAUAAACUUCUGUGAACUUGUUUACCUUGAAUCAGACACAUGUUCAAAGAUGAUAUGGGGUACGAUUAAGGUGCGUGCUUCUAACGUCUAGAUUGAAAUAUAAUAGCAUAUACCUAAUACUGCUUUGUUCUUUUGUUACGGUAAUGAUUUGAGGACAAUUAGUCCUGAACAUAAGGCUAUAAAUAAUAACGACGCAUAAUGAAUCACUCGCGAAAUGUAUAAAUAAUGUUCCUGGAAAUUGUAAAUAUAAUGUUAGGUACUUAACAUAAAUGAUGUAAGUAACGAAUGUACUAAUUAGCGUUGAUCGCAACAAAUGAUUGUAAGUUAUUAAUUAAGCGAAACUAAUUACCUAAAUAUAAAUUGAGAUUGGAAUUUUAUACGUAGAUGAUACAAAGAAUUUUACCAAGUGAUAUUUUAAAGUUUUUUUUUUAUAUAUUAUUCUAAAUUGAUCCAGUUUGUAAUGAUCAUUGAAUUUUCGGAUGCUCAAAUUAAUCAUAUAUUUAUUUAUUUAUAUGCAAUUAAAGAUGUACUAAAUACAUGUACGUGA